AUGUCCAUUCAUAUAGGAAAUAUGUGCGGUCUUUGGACACCUAACGAGAGCAAAUGUACGAGUAUUUCAAAUAAUUACUAUAAUGACAAUUGUCCCAAAGCUCUUUCUUAUUUAAAUGAUCAGAAUACAAAAUAUCCUUGUGAUGUUACACAGGUACACUGCGUAUACUUGUAUUAUUGGAUAUAUUAUGAACUUUUCAAUAAUACGCAUAAAAAUUAUGUUACAAAAUUAUACAAUGCGUUCUUGGAGGUGUAUGCAUCUCUUGGAGAGACAAUAUGUAAGGAUUAUAAGAAAACAGUUACCAUUAAUCUACUGGAGGAACUCCAUGAUUUUUAUAAUAUGUUUCAUAAGCUUAAAGAUAUAAAUAAUGAAUGUACAAGAAAUAAAAUUUGUAAUUGUGUCAAUGAUUUAUCUAAAUUAUACAUUGAAUACAAGAAUCUAUGUGAAUCCAACAACCCUAUUUAUUACGAUCACUUAGAUAUUAUUAGAAAUAUAUAUAAAACGUUUAUGCAAAAUGAAAGUUGUGAAAAAUUGAAGCAUAAAAUGUUAUCUUUAUUCCAAGAACAUAAUAUAACAUUCCCUAUUGUAGUUUUAAUAUUUACCAUAUUAUUUGCCCAGCAUAACUCAUGCUUUCAACGAGUAUUAAGAAGGAAAAGAAAUAAUUGUAAUAAUAUGGAUGAAGAUUAUAAUAUAUUCCAAUAUUACAAAGCUCUUAGUACUACCUCUAGUAAUAGUAGACACAAUAUUUUAUAUCAUGUAGUCUCAUUUAAACAUAAUGUACAAAAACUAAGAAAUUAUUUGCUUAAUAACCCAAAAUAG